UCAUCAAUUCCGAGUAGAUUUUUUCUUGAGAUCAUCACCGAGGAACUAUUCAUGAAAUUGCGAGGAUUUGAUGCUGACCCGGCGUCUCAUGCUUUGCAAUGAUUGAUUGCAACCCCAUUAGUGAGCUCCUCAUCACAAGGGCACUUUGUGAAGGCUCGCUAUGUUCUGGAAUUUUGUUUUCACAGAGUUCGAAACGAAGAAGUUGGACGAGUUUGAGGAUUGGGAAAUAAAGCGGUCGAAGCAGAUGUUAAGUUAGCAUGGGAUGAAGCGUACCGAGGGCAGGUUACAGGAGUCGAGGUGUGUGGACGUCCAGGUGGAAACCCCUUCAGGUAUGGCGCAUUCGCCGGAUUGUUCCUACGCGAAAAUGCAAUGUAGGAAGGCGGGGCUCAAGAGGCGGCGAAGAAUUAGUGACAGGAAUGUGAGUAGUCCUGUAAAAGUGGAGCGUCUGAGGUCAGCCUCGCGCAAGGUUUCACCGAGCAAGCGGCUUCAAACGACGGCAGAGGAAACGCAGGAGGAGAAUCGGGUCCCUCUGACGCCGGGUGUGAGCUACACGCAGAACGUACGGGACAGUGACGUGGUAGAUAAUGGCUCCCAUGAAUCAGAUUUCCUGUGUCGCCAAUCAUUGCUAGCGGAACUACGUCGAAGGAAUGAGGUAAUGCUCGCUGUGCAGAGACAGCGGAAUGCCGCCAUUGCAGAGGGGCAAAUGCUGCCAGAUCACGAGUGCGACCAGUCAAUGGAAACGGAGCUCUUAGAGGAGCUGCGGCGGACAAAUGAAUUGAUAGAGUCAGCUCGGAAGCAACGGGAUGAUGCAAUUGCUCCGAAGCAGCUGCAGUUGGAGGAACAGCGAAGGGUUACACACAAGGCCAGUCGAGAUCUCACUGCUGUUCAGAAACCACGUGAUGAUGCGUGUAAGGAAUCGGGGACGCAAUCGAGAUUUCAACUAGAGGACGAACACCAAAUUCAAACUGAGCUUCCGGAACAGCUCCUUCAGGCACAGGAAGAGCUCAAGGUUGCCAAAAAAGAGCGUGACGGUGCAGUUGCAGAGAAACAUUCGCAGCUGGAACGACAAUGUGACCAUGUGUUUGAAAUUGAGAUGGGGCUGCGAAUGGAGUUGCAGCGGGUUGCCAACGAGCUCGAGACCACGCGUCAAGAGCGUGAGAAGGCAAUUUUGGAAGUGCAUUUGGAUCAGGAACAUCUGCGUGAGCAGAUUCGCCAGAUAGAGUUAGAGCUACGUGGAGCAAUUCAGCAGAAGGUUGAAGAGCUCAAGGUCGUUAAGAAAGAGCGUGAUGCGGCCAUUAGGGAGAAAUACUCACAGCUAGAACUCCAAUGUGAUCAGAUAACAGAGGUGGAGAUGGAGUUGCAAAGAGAUCUGCAGGAAGUGCUUGAAGAGCUUCAGAGCAUACAAGAAGAGCGUGAUACUCAACCAAACCAGAACUGCUCGCAGAAUGGAGCAAGCCUGCAGGAACACUUCGACAAAGUUCGAGAGAUAGAGCAAGAGCUGGCACAAUCGAGGGAGAAGCUUAAUUGUCUCAGAAAGCAGUAUAGCGUCACUUUCGAAUCCAAGCUUCCCAGUUCAGAGUCGUGGAUUAGCAACGAAGAGAGGUUUGGGAUUUUGUUGUAAAUGCAAAGUAGCCCCCGGAUGCGUAAGGUUCAAAUUCUGGAACUUGGUUUCAUAUUAACAGGAUCAGGAUUUUAGUUUAUACCUUCCAAGUGGUAUCACUCCACUUUCACAGGAGGUGCAACGGCCCAAGUGUGUGUAUCAUUUUCUCUUCUGUAAACAGCAGUAUUAUUUUGAUUGUUAUCA